AGGUAAAAAAAAUCUGAGGACGAGGAUGAAACUCAUGCCCAAAAAACGUUGAAUAAUCAUUGACCUCCGGAGACACAGACCGGAGCUCUGACCAUCCUGUGUAAAAAUAAUUAUUUAUGAGGUUUGAAACUGAUCCAGUCCAGACACAUGUGAUAGUACUGUAUGUCCCACUCUGAUGUAUGUCCUCUCGACGUCCUGCUUACUGUCAUGUGGUAUAUAUAUAUAUAUAUAUACGUCUUUGGUUUUAUAAGGAAACUGCUUUUUCUCAAAGACCGUCGCUGAACAACACUGUUUCUGAAACGUAAACACGUGGACGGAGAGACUUUAAAAAAAAAAAAAAAAGUUAGAGUAGUGUGAGUUCAGAUGGAAGCCUCAGAGGGAGAAUUAGGUGGUUGAAGUUUAUAGCCAUUUUAUCUGCUUCUAAUUACAGUCCUACAUAAAAACAAUGUUGUGUCCACAUGAUCCCUGAGUGGUGAUAAAGAAAAACCACCGAGCAAACAUCACAAGUUGACUUUCACAGGAGACUUUAGUUUCUCAGGAGUAAAAUUCAAACAGCGACACUGAAUAGCUUGGCAACAAGACGGAUGAUUAGAGCCUGGUCGUCUGAGUGGAACAACAUCAAAACCAAACGUGACCGUUUCCUGCUUUCUUCACCAGCAGAUCUGUUCAGAAAUGGAACAAAGUGUGCUCAGCCUAUCAGCGAAGCCGCCGUGUCGGAGAAAGUCCUCAUCAAAAAUCAACCCUGGGAUUGGACCGUUUCAACAUUUAACUGCAGGAAUGUGUAACACUGGAGGAGGAGAGAGCGGGAAUGUUCUGUGCCUUGACUCUCCAGUCGCUGCUGAUUCGUCAUCACUCGGCUAUGACAGAAAUGACGCCGGUUGGCAGUGUCCAACAGGAUCGUUGAGCCGCAGCUGAUCCAGGGUUUGGGAUUUUCUGUGAAGACGUUUAAGUCCGUGAGAAACACAGCAGGAAAUUGAAGUCUCAGAGAGGAGAAGUGGGUAUCACUUCAGAAACUCCGGGUGUCUGAACCAGUCCCUGUCUGUCGACACGACCCUGAUACAUCCACAGGAGACGGACGGCUGCCACGGCGGAACAUGUCAAACCUCAGUGACUUCUCACAGUUCGACGAAACCUGGAGGAACUCCAGUCUGCUCAACUCCAGCUCCGCGUCCAACCGGACCAACCCUCUGAAGCGGAACGAGGAGGUGGCAAAAGUGGAGGUGACGGUGCUCGCCUUGGUUCUCCUCCUGGCGCUCGUGGGGAACUUGUGCGUCCUGCUCGCCAUCCACACCACCAAGCACAGCCAGUCCCGCAUGUAUUUCUUCAUGAAGCACCUGAGCAUCGCUGAUCUAGUGGUGGCGAUCUUCCAAGUUCUCCCUCAGCUCAUUUGGGAUAUUACGUUCCGCUUCUACGGACCGGAUAUUCUGUGCAGACUGGUGAAAUACCUACAAGUCGUCGGGAUGUUUGCGUCCACUUACAUGUUAGUUUUGAUGUCCAUAGACCGAUGCCUGGCCAUUUGUCAGCCGCUGCGUUCGCUGCACAGGAGGAAAGAUCGCAUCUAUGUCAUAUUCUCGUGGAUGUUGAGUCUGCUCUUCAGUGUCCCGCAGAUGUUCAUCUUUUCUCUGCAAGAGGUGGGCUCCGCUGGAUCCGGGGUUUAUGACUGCUGGGCCGACUUUGUGAAGCCCUGGGGGGCCAAAGCCUACAUCACCUGGAUCAGCCUCACCAUCUAUAUAAUCCCCGUGGCCGUGCUGAGCCUCUGCUACGGGCUGAUCAGCUACAAGAUAUGGCAAAACUUCAAACUGAAAACCCGACGGGAGCAGUGCAUCAGCCUGACCCCGAAAACCUCCAAAAGUAACACCCUGGCCCGUGUGAGCAGCGUGAAGCUCAUCUCCAAGGCCAAGAUAACCACAGUGAAAAUGACUUUCGUCAUCGUCCUGGCCUACAUCGUCUGCUGGACUCCGUUUUUCUCCGUUCAGAUGUGGUCAGCGUGGGAUCCAGAGGCACCGCGUGAGGCCAUGCCCUUCAUCAUCUCCAUGCUGCUGGCCAGUCUCAACAGCUGCUGUAACCCCUGGAUCUACAUGUGCUUCGCGGGACAUCUGUUCCAGGAUCUCAGGCAGAACUUUCUGUGUUGUUCCAACCUCUACCUCAAGUCACCGCAGUGCCGCUGCGAGCGUGACUUUGAAUCUAGUCACAAGAGCAACUCGUCAACCUUCGUUAUCAAGAGCACCAGCAGUCAGAGGAGCAUCGCGCAGCCCUCGCCCACAUAAGCACUCAGGCUUCGGCCCGCUGCCCUCCCUACCUGGGUUUUAGGCGCAUGCAGUGAAACGCUCAGAUACCUCCUGCCCUAUGGCUCCCUGUCUAGGCCAAACUUCAACAGAAGUCUUGGGUCUUUUAUUAAAAGUACAAAGUGUAAAUAAAAUUGUAAAGAAUCUGAAAAUGUUUGCGUCACCAAUCGUUUUAAAUGUAAGAUCAACAUUUGUUUCCAGUUGUUUUGGAUGUACGGUGCAGUGUAGUAAUUUAACAUAUUUACAGCAGAUAGUGUUGAAAAAAAUAUAUUAAUAUUUUUAUUUUACCGACUUCAAGAAACCCCAGCCUUCGAUUUCGCUGACGUCACCAGCAAAGAUCAAUGAUCAAUAAUCAAAUUCUCUUUGUAAAUGUCCUCAUCAGACUGACUUCACAUGCGACGUUCUUCACUUUGUUACAUUCGCAGUGCGUUGCUUACGUAGUGGAAACUGUUACUCAGAGCUGCGGAACUGUGACAUCCUGACAUUGAAGCUGAGUAUAACACGAACACUUUUUUUAAAAAACCACAGUCACUUCUCUGACCUUCUGCAAAAGUUUAAGCCGCACAUUGAAAUGUUGACAUCACUCUCAGCCUUGGCCGUUCAAACACAGGACUGGAUGAAGAUGUGGUGACGGAGCACAUCGCCAGGCCGACGUGCCCGUCUCCGGAGGACAGUGGAGGGUCAGCGUUGCUGCUUUAUUGACUAUUAUCCUGCGAGGCGUGAAAAUGAAGGUAAAGUGUGGCCAUGAAUUUAUUCCCCCAGUCCAUGUUGUUAAUGUAAUUAAGUCUGUGGAUGUCGUUCGCUCCUUUGUGUUAAUAUUCAUUGUAAAUAAAUAUUCAACAAAAA